AUGGCUGACAUCGCCGUCCAAUUACCAUAUUUGUCAUCUCACUUUUCGGUUCCUGAGACCACGCUUACGAGCUUGACACAGGCCCCGACGGUGGAGCUUGUCAAUCAGCUUCUGCAGUCCCUCACCAAAACGGCCCAUGAGUAUGACGAGCUCAAAUCCGACAAGCGUCGCUUGGAGGUAGAGCUUGAAGCUGCUGUACGCAGCAACGAGUCUAAGGUUAAGGCUCUCAAAUCCAAUGUGGACAAGGAACACAAAGAAGUCGAGGAGCUCCGCAAGAAAUUGCAUGAAUCUGAAACCACCCGCGCUUCACUGGAAAAGGAAAUCUCGACAUUAAGAUCUUCAUCCACAUCAAACGAAUCCGACAUUACGUCCUUGAAAUCUCGCAUCUCAACCCUUGAGACCUCGAACAGAGACACGCUUGCCCUACUUGAAUCCAAGUCCACGGCCUAUGACGAAUUGGCGCAGGAGCUUUCGGUUCAGCACGAGAAGACCACCGACCUGCGACGCUUACUCUCAAAGGCGGAGCAAAAUGUCCAGGAUGCAAGUUCGGAGUCUGCUCGUGCACGUUUCCGCGAACAAAAUCUUCAACAAGAAUUGGAUCUCACCAAUAAGAACAACGAAUGGUUUGAGAAUGAAUUGAAGACGAAAUCAGCCGAGUACAUCAACUUCCGCAAGGAAAAAACUGCUCGAAUCUCGGCGCUUCAACAUGAAAAUGAAGAGGCAAACUCGACCAUUGAUCAACUGAGACGCAGCGAGAACUCACUCAAAAGUCGUUUGGAUGAAACGGAGCAGCGGUACGAGGAGUCUCUGGCUACCAUCCAAAAGUUAGAGGAAGAAGCCAUCCAAGCAACCGAAUCUUUCCGCAUCGAGCUCGAUAGCUCCAAUCGACUUGCCGAGUUGCAAGGAUCUGCUGCGCAGAUGGCCAAACAACGGGCACAAGAGUGCCAACUCGCCUUAGAGAAGGCGAAACAUGACGCGGCGCAAGAAAUUUCACGCCUGCGUGUGGAGCUUGAAACCGAGACGAGCGAGAAGAAUACUGCCGCAUCUCGCAUUGCUGAGCUUGAGGAGGUGAUGGCGCAGAUCGAGUCUGAGACAGCCAGAGGUAGAUCUGCAAGCCCUGCUCGUUCUCUAAAUGGAGCCGGACCUAGCACUCCGAUGCGUUCCAGUACUAUGCGAUUCGGCACUCCUGGAAGUACAUUCUCACCGCGCGCCUCCCGUGGCAAGGGUGGGUUGACAGUCACUCAAAUGUACGCUGAAUACGACAAGAUGCGAGCUGCCUUGGCUGCAGCGGAGAGAAAUAACCAGGAAUACCGAACCACUAUCGACGAGAUGGUGUUGGAGCUGGAUUCGACUAGCCCUGACAUCGCGCAAAAGGACGCAGAAAUCAACCGUCUCAACCAGGCUGUGUUGGAUAUGUCCGCUCUGAAUGACACGGCCAACAAAGAACGGGAUCAUUCAUUGAAAGAGGCACGGAAGUGGCAGGGCCAGGUCGAAGGCUUGGCCCGUGAUGGCGAUAUCCUUCGCCGUCAGCUUCGGGAUCUGGGUUCUGAAGUCAAAGUACUUCUCUUGGAAGUUGCUCUUUUACAAAAGGGCGAAGAAUACGAUCGCGAGGAGCUUGAGAGAAUUGCACGUGGUCAUGUGGAAGAAUCUGAUGCGGAUCUCAACGCCACUGGCCGCUUUAUCAGCCAAAACCUGACAACUUUCAAGAAUCUCCACGAACUUCAAGCGCAAAACGUCAAGCUUCGGCAAAUGUUGAGAGAUCUCGGUGACAGACUGGAAGGCGAAGAGGCCCGUGAGAAGGAGGCCGCGAGACUAAACGAAAUCGAUGAACUCAAGGAACUCCGGGUCCGAGCCCAGACAAACUCAGACGAGAUUGCCAACCUCACUGCGCAAAUGCAAAGUUACGUCAAGGAGCGAGACACCUUCCGCAGCAUGCUCAUGCACAGAAAGCAGAACAUCACCGAGCAGUCUGUGUUUUCGCAGUCCGUGCCGCUCGGUGGUUCUCCCGGCGCUGGUGAAAUCCUAGGACAAGACAAUGCUGAGAUGCUCAGCAAGGUCCAAGCUCAAUUCGAUGCCUACCGCGAGGACACCAACGCAGAGCAUACUAAACUCCGCCAGCAGGUCAAUGAACUUGCUCACGAGAAGAGUAAGCUCCUGUCCGAGAUCACUCGUCUCAAUGGCGCAAUCACUGCCUCCUCACGCCGCGAAGAGCUACUUCGAAGUGAAAUGAACAUGCACCAAAGCGAAAAAGCUAUAUUACAGGAGCGCAAUUCUCAACUCUCUGAAAACGCAAUACGCCAAGGAAACCAAAUUCGUGAAGCUGCUGAGAAUCUUAUUGUUGCCGACGGUAAACAAGAGGAACUCCAGAAACAGUACGCACAACUGAAAGCGGAGAAGGACCGUUUGGAAAUGGCCGAAAAGAGGUACAAAGAUGAGGUGGAAACUCUCUGGACUCAGAAGGAUGCUUUGCAAUCAUCGAACACAGAGCUUCAGAUUCACAUUGCGGAACUCAAACAAACUGAACAACGAUUGGAAGCCCUCGAAUCCAAGCUCAAAGACACAAAACUCAAACUCAAAAACAAGGACGAGGAGUUGGAGAAGCACGCUCUGCGCCGGGAUGGUGAACAUGAACAGUCUCAGAAGCAAAUUAACGACCUGAUGACUAGCUUGAGUUCAGUCCGCGAACAGCUUGUUGCCACGAAGACAACCCGGGAUCACCUACAAGCCCGCGUGAAUGAACUCACUGCCGAGCUGAAGAGUGCCGAAGAGCGCGUGCGAGUCUUGCCGUCGCAGCCUAGUGUUUCUGCCGGCCUCGCCGAGACCCCCGUUGUGGUCCAAGAACCUGGCGAAGGCAAUGACCUGACUCCGGAAGAGGAGCUUUCUCUUCAAGUUUCCAAGCUCAAGCGUGAACUAGAGUCAGCAAACGCUGAGCUUGUUCACGCCAACCAAUUGGCUCAAGAUUACCAGGCCAUCAGCCAAGAUACUGAAGAACGCCUAGAGUCUGUCACCGAGACACAGGAGCAGUACCGCCAAGAGACCGAUGCCCUUAUCAAGGAGAAAGACGAGAUGAUUCAGGACCUCAAAAAUCGAAUCGAUGAAAUUUCGGCUGAACUGACGGACGCCAACUCUGAGAUCUCUCAGCUCAAAGAAAAGCAAAGUGAGGCCAGUCGUCACCUAGAAGAACGGGAGGCGCAUUUCGAAUCGGAGAUCACUCGCCUCAACCAGGUUAUUGAAGGCCAUGUUGCUGCAGCACAAUGCCACGAAGAGGAUAUGAAGGCACAAGCAGAAAUCUCCGACCUUGCCCAGCGAAAUUAUGACCAGGCCCAGCAGAAGUAUGAAAGGGAAUUCGUCGAACAUGCCGAUGCCGUUCGAAGCCUCCAAGCAGUUCGUGACGAGGCCAAUGAUUUGAAGGUUCAGAUCGUCACACUGAAAACGCAGACCGAAACCUACAAGAAUGACCUCCUCCAAAAGGAGGAGAGCUGGAAGGAGCAACAAGCCAAGCACGAGGUUGAUAUUAAUGAGCUGAAAAAGCGCCGGGAAGAGAUGCAGAAAGAGAACACCCACCUCUACACGCUUCUUGAGAACCACAAGAGCCAGAACUUGGCAUUGCGGCGCCGGGUCGAAGGUUCGGAUGAACUGCCGGAGGGUGACCAGGUAACUCCCGAUACCGAAACUGAAGAAGCCAUCAUCGCUUCCUUGCAGAACCGGCUGUCGAUUGUUCAGACCGAAUCCGACUGUACGAGCUUUGCAAAAGCCCGACUCGAGAAGGAGCUCCGCGGGGUGAAUUCUAAGUUCCUUGCGCUGCAGUCUUCAUAUGAUGUGGCACGCGAGGAUCUCGAAAAGUUCCGCCGCGAAGCUGAAAGUCAGGCUCAAGAGGCGAAUGACAAGCGUCAAAGAAGUAUCGAUGAGCUCAAAGAGUCCUGCGACAAAACCACCCUCCUCUUCCAAGAUCAACUCAAGGAAAAGGAAACCGCACUUCAGCAAAAGUCAGCUCAGGUGGUUGAACUUUCCACGCAAAUCGCACGCCAUGAGUCCAGAAUUUGCGAGUUGGAGGAUGAGGCCGAGGCCAAGAAUAGAGAACUGCAAUUGCUGCAGGAAAACCGCGAUCAUUAUGCAGAACUCGUUCAGAACAACUCCAACGGCGAGCUGGAGAAAAGGCUCACCACCCUUGAGAACGAGAGAAACACGGCUGUAUCUGAACGAGAUGCGCUUAUGGCCGAACGAACUGGCCUUCAGGCCCAGAUCACGGAGGCCGAGGAUAAAUUGAAGAAGGCCGAGGAGCAGUGGAAGAACAGACGAAACGAUCUCAUAGAGCAGGCCAAGGCACGUUCGAAGGAUCAAACGUCUCGUAUCAACAACAUCUCAGCCGAGCUCAAAACGGCCUUGGAGGACAAGGAAGUCAUUCAACAGGAACUGCAGAUCACCAAGGCGGAAUUGGAGACACUGAAGGCCGAAGUUGCCAAGACGCCCGUCGCGUCACCCGAAUCCGCGCCCGCGCCCGCUGCUGCCGCUGUCAACCCCACCCCAGCUUCCCAAUUCCCAACUUCCACAGUCUCAGUUUCCGUGCCUGGCGGAGACCAACGGGUCCAGGCCCUCGAACAGAAGAUCCAAAGCCUCGAGCAGAAGAUCCAACGCCUCGAAGCUGCCCUUGCCGAGAAGGAACGCGAGCACGAUGCCAAGAUCAAACAAUACAUCACUCAGCUGGCUGAAGCCAAGGCCGCUCAUCGCCAGGAGAUUGAGAAGCUUUCUGCCAGUGGACAGUCUGCUCCCGGUACGGCAGGUGGUAUUACUGAUCAAGCACCAGCAACGCCCUCGAAGCCAGAGGAAGAUCUUGCAGAUCGUUUGGCCAAACUGGGCGAGGCUGAAGCCUUACAGAUCUGUAAAACGAACAAACCCAUUAAAGAUGUUAUUGUCAAGUUCCUCCGCAACAAAGUUGAACAGAAGGACAAGGAACACGCACAAAAACUUGAACAGAAUGAUCAAGAAUACAACCAAAAACUUGCAAGGAAAGACAACGAAAUCAAGUUGGCCGGGCAGAAGCCACUCGUGCAAAUAAGCAUGCUUGAGAAAAGACUCAACAAUGCGAAUGCCAAGAUUGAUGUUGUGAAAAAGGCUGCCACAGAAACCCCAGAAAAAGCUGUGGCUAAAGUCUGGGAGGACGCACAGAAAGCCCAGCCUGCACCCGCUGCAAAACCAGCGGCAGCAACCACGUCCUCAACCCAACCUGCCUCUCCAGCACCAACCCCAGUCCAGCAAGCACCGGUGGCUCCUUCUUCGGCUGACUCUGUCCCUGUCCCUGCCGCACCGGCUCCAGCUGCCACCCCAGCUCCUCCUCCAGUUCAAGUUUCCCCUAGCCCUGCAUCCGAACAGGGACAAGCACAGCCUGCCCCGAAUCCUUCUGCCCAACUUGGUCAACCGCAAGCGGAGCAGAACCAUCAACCCUCUAAUCUGCCGAACAAACCUCCUGCCGGUAACCCACCGGGGUUGAUGCGCGCUCUGCAAUCAGGACUUCCAAUUGCCAGAGGUGGACGUGGCGGCCGUGGCGGUGGUCAGCAAUUUGGCCAUGCUCAACAGAAUGACCAGCAAGGUCAAAACCAGGCUCAGGUCCAACGUGGUGGGGGUGCUCAACGAGGCAGAGGCGGCCGUGGAGGGCAAGGUCGUGGUGGCAACCAAAGCACCAACGCCCAAUCCCAAAACCAAAACCAAACCGCCAAUGCCAAUCGCGGGAACCUAAAUGCCUCGGCUCGCCAGUUCAUUCCGCAGGGCAACAAGCGCUCCCGUGAUGAAGGCUCUGACAAUGCCAACGAGGCUGCAAACGCCGGAAAGAGACAGAGAGGUGGCGGUGGACAACAGCCUCGCGGUGGGGGCUCAUCUUGA